AUGGUUGCCGCAAUGCCGAUUCAGGCCCUUGGCCCAUUUCGUCAACCCCGCGAGAGGCCGCAGCAAGCCGAGUCUCAAUCCGCCUGGUCAUCGUGGACAAAACCGCCCGUGGCCGCGGCCGUGAUACUUUUUCCUACACCACUCCUCCUCGACCCGGUAUCCUUCACGCAGCUGCACAAGAGCGCUGACGCGGUCCAAAAAAACUUGGAGAUUCCCGCCGAGGUUCGCAAUGGCGCUACCAAGAAGAUGAAUCUCUUCCAGGCUGUCAACGAUGCCCUUGGCACCGCUCUUGGCGAGGACGAGUCGGUGGUUGUCUUUGGCGAGGAUGUUGCUUUUGGUGGCGUAUUUCGAUGCACAAUGAAGCUGGCUGAGACACACGGUACCGAGCGCGUCUUCAACACGCCGCUCUCGGAGCAGGGUAUUCUCGGCUUUGGUAUUGGUCUUGCAGCAGAGGGCAUGCGCCCUGUUGCUGAAAUUCAGUUUGCCGAUUACGUUUACCCAGCUUUCGAUCAGAUUGUCAACGAAGCUGCCAAGAUGCGAUUCCGUGAUGGUACCAAUGGUCGCGGCGCUGGUGGCCUCACAGUUCGCAUGCCUUGCGGCGGUGUCGGCCACGGUGCUCUCUAUCACUCGCAAUCUCCGGAAAGCUUAUUCACACACGUUCCUGGUGUGCGUGUCAUCAUGCCCAGAUCCCCUAUUCAGGCCAAAGGCCUUCUUCUAUCCGCGAUUCGCUGCAACGACCCUUGCAUCUUCAUGGAACCUAAGAUUCUGUACCGUGCCGCCGUUGAGCAAGUUCCUGUCGCUUCCUACGAGCUACCGCUUUCCAAGGCCGAGGUGCUCAAGGAAGGUAGCAAUGUCACAGUUAUCUCCUAUGGUCAACCUCUUUACUAUUGCAUUGAGGCCAUUCGCCAAAUUGAGGCACAGCGCCCCGACGUCUCCAUCGAGCUAAUCGACCUGCGCACUGUCCAUCCCUUUGACAGAGAGACUGUCUUUGAGAGUGUCAAGAAGACCGGGAGAGUAAUGAUCGUCCAUGAGGCCUAUACGACGGCCGGUAUUGCUUCUGAAGUGGCCGCAGCUGUUCAAGAAAACCCCGAUACUUUCAACAGACUGGAAGCGCCUGUUCGCCGCGUGGCUGGCUGGGAUAUUCACAACUCCUUGGCCUUUGAGAGAUUCCAUCUGCCGGAUAUCACGAGAGUAUAUGACAACAUCAAGCGCUUCAAGGAACAAAUUGACCUUAUCACCGAGCUGCCCCCUCUUGCUGUGCGGCGCCUGCCCCGCCCACGUCACGCUGCCGCCACAGGUUGCGCCACGCAUCACUGUCUGCUCCAAGAUCGCAGAAACGCCUAUUUAUCGCAGCAGGAUUGCAUCGUCUCAAUGUCGCAGCUCGAGACCGUGGCAUCGUUCAUCGAGGGAGCUCCUCCCGGCGAGCUUGCCGAUGUUGUUGCCGAUAUCAAGACCCUGACCGCGUCGUCGCCGAACCUCGUCUCGCAGCUCGGACCGGCGUUUCAAAAGUACAAUGAAGAACAGCUGAUUACUGUGAAGCUGCCUGGAAGCAGCCAAUUUGUUCUCGUCAGCGAACACAAUAACUUGGGCGAUGGCCGAUACUACGAUGUCGAGAGCUCUUCUAGCUUUGCGUUUGAUCACGCCACACAGAAAGCUAGCGCUGUCCAGAGCCAUACUAUCGAAGGCGCGCAGGCCGAACUUACACACUCUACAUUGAAGACGCUGGGCACAUAUAUCUCUGAACAUUUUCCCAGUGCGGCCUACGGCGUUUACCCGAUCGAGGCAGACUCCAAGGUUGCCAUUAUCAUUGUGGCCAAUAAAUACAGCCCCAACAACUUUUGGAACGGCCGUUGGAGAUCUGUUUACACAUUCGACCCCUCGUCUAGCCUGCUGGAAGGUACCAUCAAGGUCGACGUCCACUACUACGAAGACGGAAACGUGCGUCUGCAGACCAAGAAGCCAGUCUCCGUCUCGAUCUCGUCGGGUACCGGUGCUGGCAUCGCCAAGGAGAUUUCCUCAACGGAAAGGAAAUAUCAAGAGGAGCUCAACAAAGGCUUUGUCAGCCUGAGCGAGGGUGCGUUCAAGGGCCUGCGCAGGCAGCUGCCGAUUACCCGACAAAAGAUCGAAUGGGACAAGGUUACAGGCUACAGACUCGGCCAGGACAUUGGCGGUGGUUCGUCGAAGCGAUAG